CUGGAGUAUAUGGUGUAUCAGUUAAAGUAUAUCAAGGUAAUAAUCGUACUGAUAUUAUUGUGAAACAUAUCGAUUCAAAACAAGAAAAACAUUUUAUUUAUCUUAUUUAUGAUAAUGUAGAAAUAAUUACUGAAGGAGACGGUAGAUUAGAUUUAUUACUUUCAUAUAAGGGUAAUCAAAUAUGUGUACAGUGUAAAGAUAGAGAAAAUGCUCUUAUAUUAUCUAUAUUGAAAGAAUUUGAAUCCACAAUGACACAUUUUAAAAAUUCAUUGGGGAUUUUG